CGCGACCCUGUACAAAGAGUCAGUCUAAUAAGACGUCAUGAUGAAGGUCGCUCUGUCCUUCGCCGCCAUAUUGGCUGCUGUUGCUGCUCUUCCGCCUCCGCUUGGACCCGGAGGCGCUGGCCCUGCAGGGUCUUUCAUGCCUUCCCCGGCCAUGAUCCAGUCCUUCAUCCCGACGCCCGAGGAAAUCAACGCCCUCGCGGCCAUUCCUCCAGCUCCAGCCCCCGGGGCUUUUGGAGCCCCUAAAGCUUUUGGAGCACCUGGAGCCUUUGGAGCCUUUGGAGCCCCUGGAGCCUUUGGAGCCUUUGGAGCCCCUGGAGCGUUCGGUGCCCCUGGAGCUGCCUUCGGCCCCGGGGCAGUGGCACCUCCAACCUUGCCUCCUGCAGUUGCACACAUGGUCAGUAAGUACCAGGCUGCUGCUGCUGCAUUCAUGCCCCCUGCCCCUGCCGCUGCCCCCGGAGCAGCCUGAAUUCAUUCUUGAUUAAGAUUUUUAUCGACAGGUGUAUGUCUUUAGCCAAUAAAAUCUGAUGUAGCAUCA